CUCGAGAAGGAGAGCGAGCUUCUGAAGAAGGAGGCUGCUCAGGUCGUCGGCAGGGACGACCUCGAACUGGAUAAGACGGUUGAGGAGAAGGAGAGGCGCCUGCAAGAUCGGGUCCGCGCCCAGGAGGAGGUGUUCAGCGUGGAAGAGAAGCGGCUCGAGGAGGCCAGGAUAAAGAUGGUCGCGGCGCAGGAGCGCCUGAUGGCCGAGGAGGCGAAGCUGGUGCAGGAGCAGAGGAAGGUCCGCUCCGAACGCCUCAAGCUGGCGAGAGAGGAUCGUGAGCUCGACGAAUCGGAGGAGAUGCUGCGGCUGGAUGAGCAGCGCCUUAUCCGCCGCGACCGUGCCUUUCGGUUCGAGGGCGUAGCAGCGACGCUGCAGGCUCUCAGGGAGGAGUUCGUCGCCAAGAAGUGA